AUGGGAGAAUAUAACAAUGAAGGAAUGGUAGUGGCUGGUGGAAAUGGCAAAGGAAAUAAGCUCAAUCAAUUCAGUCAUCCUCGUUUUAUCUUUGUUGAUGAAGAUGAAUCUGUUUAUGUAUCAGACCAAAACAAUCACCGUGUGAUGAAAUGGAGAAAAGAUGCAAAAGAAGGAAGAAUUGUUGCUGGAGGACAUGGUGAAGGAAGAAGUCUCAAUAAAUUGUCUUAUCCUCAAGGAGUAGUUGUUGAUGCUUUUGGUCAAAUCUAUGUGGCAGAUUGUGGAAAUCAUCGAAUAAUGCGCUGGUUUGAAGGAAAAGAUGAAGGUGAAAUCAUUGUUGGUGGAGAUGGCCAAGGAAAUCAAUCAAAUCAAUUGAAUCGUCCCCGUGGUUUAUCUUUUGAUGAUGAAGGUAAUCUUUAUGUUGCUGAUUGUCAUAAUCAUCGAAUUCAAAAAUUUGAGAUAAUUUUAUGA